GCAAAAUGAAGAUAUAGCCUGAAGGUGCAUUGGCAGCCUGUAUGACCAAGACCCCAAGUCGCUAUAUAGGAUGCGCAGACAAUCAGCCACGAGAACUUGUUGCCCCUGCAACUCUUCACCUGAUCAUGAUUCUAAUUAAUUCAACUGUAGCGGUUGCAAGAAGAGACUUAUACGGCCGACAGAUCCAUCUGUCGUACUGCGUAUCAUCGUUCUGUUGCUUGCCACAAGCUUAGCCCGAUGACGACCUGAUUGUCGCUUUAGACAGACACUCAGUUAAUGCGAAGGAGCUCAUUGAAAGCAAUCCUAAGGCUAACACGCC